AUGUCUGAAAAUAUCAUUAAUCACCCAACUGAUUUAGCUCCAUACUAUAAUCAUGCAACGGAUGAAUCAAUUUCUUAUGAUAUUUCUGGCACUCUAAAGUUAUUAACUGAUCAUUUUAAUUUGAAUAUUCUUAAACUAGGAACAAUGUUAGUUGACUCUGUUUCUGACCCAUUAAAACGAACUUUAUCAACAACAGAAUUUUAUUUCAAAGUGCCAUUUGAUGCCACUGGUGUAUUAAAAAAUACUUUUAAAACUUUUGGUCAUGAUAGUGAUUCUUAUUUUAAAAGUAUUAUUGCAAAAUUACCCAAAUUGAUUAGUGGAGCUAUUGAUGUAUUCACCCCUUCAUCUUAUUGGCUUGCAGCACCUUUUUAUAUGCCCAUCGAAUUAGUUCAUUUUGGUAGUUUAUGUGUUAGGAACUUUGCACAACCUAUCAUUAAUGCAGCUGUGGCAAGCACCAUCCUCAAUCAUAAUGGCUUUACCUAUUGCAACCACGUAGAUCAAAAUAUCUGUGGUAAAUGUUGUUUGGCAGAAGAGUAUGUUAGUAAACUCGGGGCUAAUUGCCUUAUACGAGGUAGAUUUAACUGUGGUCAGCUAGUACAUUACAACAAUUGUGUAUUCGGUGGUGUUAAUUAUAAACCCGAAGUCAUGGAUGCAAUUGAGAAUUUUUGGAAUGCUACAGGCUUAUGGGUUUAG